AUGGACCACAUCGAGCGUUUGCACGAGUCCAAGGUGAAGGGUCUCACUCGUCGAUUGACGCAAGCCGAGAACGCCUACGCCGAGGUCAACAAGAAAUUGAAUGAGAUGAGCGAGAAGGCCAGGAACUUGCAGACCCUCAGGGUCAAGGAGUCGCUGAUGAAAGCCAUGGGCGGGACAAGCCAAUCCAUGCCAGUCACGAGGGAGUUGGCAGCCUCAUCGAUGGGUUUGGGACUCCGAGACUUGAAGACCACAACAACCUCGCCGAGGGUCCGCCGCCUCCACCCGGCCCACCAGCGCCACCUGGCGCCCCGCCCGCGCCUGGCGCGCCCCCGCCGCCCAUGGCCCCUCGGAUGCCUGGUGCUCCGCCGCAUGGCCCUCCGCCACCCGGCGGCCUGUCCGCCAGCUCCGCAGCUGCCGCCGAAGCCGGUGGUGAAGCCCAGCACGAAGAUGAAGCAGCUCAACUGGACCAAGAUUCCCAACAACAAGGUGGUCUCCUCCUACUGGAAGGAUGUCACCGAGGUGGGCAUCGAGAUCGACUCCAACGAGGUCGAGCUUCUCUUCGCCGCUCGUGAGGACAAAAAGGAGAUCAUGGGACCUGGAGAUGCAGGAACAAAGAAAAAGGAAACGAAUGUCACCCUGCUCGACCCCAAGCGCGCCAACAACUGCGCUAUUGCGCUGUCGAGGUUCAAGAUGAGCAAUGAGGACAUCAAGCAGGCCAUUCUCAGGCUCGACGAAUCCAAGCUCAGUGCCGAAAGCGUCGAGACUCUCCUGAACUACAUCCCCACGCCCGAGGAGAUCGAACAGCUCACGGCCUACGCCGACGACAGGUCGAAGCUGGGCAAGGCGGAGCAGUACUUCUUGACCGCCAAGGACAUCAAGCGACUCGAGCCCCGGCUGAAAGCGUUCCUCUUCAAGCUGAGGUUCCCCGAGAUGAAGGACAGCAUUCGUCCGGAGAUCGAUGCGGUGCUGGGAGCCUGUAACGAAGUGAAGCAGUCGGCCAAGUUCAAGAAGGUGCUCGAGGUGGUGCUGGCCCUGGGCAACUACCUCAACGGCGGCUCGUUCCGCGGCUCUGCCUAUGGGUUCAAGCUCGACGUACUCAACAAGCUCCGAGACACCAAGUCGGCCGACGGCGAGACCACGCUGCUGCACUACCUGGUGAAGCUGGUCAACAGCAAAUAUCCGGAAGCGGUCAACUGGGGCCGUGAGCUCAAGAACUCCAACUUGGCGCAGAUGAACCAGGGCUUCAAGGCCGUGGAGCGCGAGCUGCCGUUCAGCUCGGAGGACCCGAGCGACCCGUUCCUGCGCCAGAUGACCGAAUUCAUGUUCCGCAAGGAGGACUUCGACCAGCUCCACGCCGACAGCAAGACCAUGGAGCGUGGCGUUGCUCAGCCUCGUUACUUGAUUUCUGUGUGGUACGAAACCAACUGCGAUUCGCAGGAGGACUUCAAGCAACUGGCCGACGCAUUCGGCGAAAGCCCGCAAUGCACACCCGACCAGCUGUUCUCCUGUAUCACCGCGUUCAUGGACGCCUACGAGCGCGCGGAGAAGGACAUGAGAAUGAAGGAGGAGAAGGCGAUCAAGAUGGCCGCAGCCGCAACGAGGAAGUUGUCCGGCUCCGCGCCGAGCGGCACCAGCGCCAGCAGUUCGCCUGGCCUGCCCGGACUGGCUUACGGGGUGAAGCGAUCGCUCCAGGCAUGGGACUCCCCACGUCACCAGCCGUUUGGCAAGCUGCGAACGUCGAUCUCGCGCCCCGUGAUCGAUCCCCUCGCCGCCCGGCCUCAGGAGCCGGCCGUCGUUCCUGAAUUCCUGAGCAAGUUGCGCAAGGCGCCCGGGUCGUCGGUGGCCCCGGCGGCCGAAUCAGCGGCAGCGGCGGGGGUAGAGCCGUCGCCGUCCGAUGGCCCGGCCGUUUCCCUAUUGAAGAGGUCGCUCUCGCUGGCGUCGUUCCCCGAGGUGGGCUCAACUGCGACUGCGCUGGCCGAGGACUCGGCCAAGGUAGUCACGCCGGGCACCGUCAGAACGCGCAUCGGGUCGUUUGGCGGAGGCUCGGGCAUAUUGGUCGCCACCCCCGAAGUGACCGACGUCGACUCUGGGCGCACGGAUGAGGCGGGCAACGUUGGUGGCCUGCGCGAAUCUGGCAACUCUUCAGAGCCCAGUUUCCCAGCACCUGGGGCCAACUUCCAAGACGAGUAG